AUGUCCUCGACGCAGAGCCGCGAGAGGACCACGAAGCUGCCGACCCUUCUGGGCGCCAAGCCUGUGAAGGCAAGAGACGCAGACAAGACGAAGUCGGAGAAAUCGGAGCACAAGUGCAAGGAUUAUUUCGGGCGGUGGCACAGCGUCAAAGACCUCCGGGACCGUCGCAACGCAGCUGUUCUUAAGGGAAUGCGAUGGAUGCACAAGUUCCUGACUGCCGACCGGAACAUGGCUCUGAUCGAGAUUGGGGACGACGCCGCCUGCAUCUUCUUUGAGAUUUGGUACACCUCGUCGUCCUCGAUUUUGCGUGGCGCUGCUCGGGGAAUCGCGCAGGAUCUCCUGGAGCGGUACGAGCUGCAUCUUCUGCAGCCCUCGAGAUGCGCCUGCAAAUUCUGCCACGGCAAAACCUCGAGAACGCCGCGCGGCAAGGCACUCUUCUUCGAACUGAUGUACCUCAUCCGAUGCAAGGACGAGAUGGGCCUGGAGGCCAGUGCCAUGCUGAGUCACGCAGAUGCGCUGUGGCGCAGUGAGGGCCUGGAGGACACGGAGAAGCUCUUCGGAGUGAGACAAGCGGACUUCCACAAGGUUUUGGACAGCGACUGGGUGGUCCUCAUCAUGAACAUCAUGAUCCUGGAGUUCAACCAGUUGCUCUUCCCUCGGCGCUGGCCGAUCCGGUGGGGCCUGAAGGAGACGUUCGACUUCGUCCGAGGCCACCGUUUUUGCGGACCGCCCUACGAUCGAUCCUUUAGGUUCCAUGACAGCUUCUACUUUGUCACACACAUCGCCUUUGCCAUUACCGCCUACUCCGCCAUCAAGAUGAACCCCAAGGAUGUCCCUUGGCUCUACAACUACAACCGCCGCGCAUGUUUGUACUGGGUGAAGAUGGCAAGAGUCCGAGAGUCCUCGGAGCCCCAACUGCUGGUGGAUAUCGAUGGGCUCUCGGAGGCCAUGGACGUGCUCAGGGGCUGCGGUCUCACAGACGGCGGGGAUCGUCUACUGUGCUCGGCCACCUUGGCGCUGUUAGACCUGCAGCAGAGUGAUGGCUCUUGGCCCUACUGGGUGCUGCAUCUGAAGGAGGUGGGCAGUUUGGGCGAACCCUUGGCCUGCGUCUCUCCAUCGCCCAACCUCUACGAGCAGAUCCACCCAACCUGGGUGGCCGUGCAGAGCCUGCGCGAUCGGAACUUUGAGUAUGACCGCAAGGGCAACAUCAAGUGGGGCCAAUACAUGGCCAAGCUUCUGAAGCAAAGCAACCUUCGCAAGCUCGAGCACAAGAUCGCCUACGGGAAGUUGCCGCGGUUGCGGGCCAGGAGCAAGGCGUCCUCAUCGACACUUCCGGCGCAAGAGGAGGACAUUUGGUUCAAGAUGCAGGAAGCAGCUGAGGAGGAGGAAGAGGAGGACGCUGAGGAACUCUUCCUCCCAAUAAUUUCCGCGGAAGACGGGCGAAACAGCCUGGAUCUUCCGCCGAAAUCUUCCGUCUGA